AUGAAAAAUGUGGAAAAGAAAACUUGGAAAGAUCGUGUAGCCUUUUUACGAGAUCCUACUUUUUGGAAAGUUGUUUUACUUGGUCAAGUACUUUCCUUAUGUAUUACUGGUACAAACGUAGUCACUACAAAACUUAGUAAUGAUUAUGGUGUCUCUAUUCCUACCACUCAAACUUUUUUGGUCUAUGCCUGUCUUGCUAUUGUGUAUAAUUCUUAUGCUAUCUAUAAGCGUGGUAUUCGUGGUUGGUUACUACAAUUUUGGCGUCGUGGUAUCUUUUAUUUCAUUUUGGGCUUUGUGGAUGUUGAAGGCAAUUACUUUGUGGUGAAAUCUUUUGGAUAUACUUCAAUGUUAUCAGCUAUGUUAUUAGAUUGUUGGAGUACACCUGUAUGUAUGAUCUUAUCCUUCUUUUUCCUCAAGGUACGUUAUCGUUGGGUUCAAUACUUGGGUGUAUUCAUUGCUCUUUGUGGUUUGGGUAUGCUUGUGGCCAGUGAUGUGAUUACAGGACGAAACUAUGAUGCUUCAGAUGCUCUGAAAGGCGAUCUUUUCUGUUUAUUGGGUGCUACUCUCUAUGGUGUAUCCAAUGUCAGUGAAGAAUACAUGGCAAGAAAACAUCCUUUAUAUGAAGUCAUUGGUAUGUUCACCUUCUUUGCUACCUUCAUCAAUUUGGUACAAUUGUUUAUCUUGGAACGUUCAGAAUUCUCAUCCUUGGUUGGUCAACCUGAAGCUGUGGGUAUGAUUAUCGUUUAUACGGUGUGUAUGUUUGUAUUAUACUCCUUGGCUCCUGUGAUGUUCCGUUUAGGAAGUGCUGUGCUUUACAAUUUGUCCAUCUUGACCAGUGAUUUUUAUGGUUUGAUCUUUGGUUUGGGAUUAUUCGGUUACUCUGUCACUGUCAUGUAUCCUUUUGCUUAUGUGAUCAUCAUUGUUGGUAUUGCUAUUUAUCAUAUCUUUCCUGCACCUCAACCUAUCAUGGGCUCUUUCGAUAAAGAAACUGCUGAAGCGGAACGUCGACAACUCUUCGGUCUUUCUCCCGUUAAUGAUAUCGAACAACAACAAGAGGAACAUGAUCAUCCUGAUAUUCAAGAAACAACAACUUUGGAAAGCAAUCAUCAAAAGGUGGAAGUAGCUGGUCAUCCUUCUGGUAUCUGA